AUGUCUGGCAGACAGUAUUCGAAUCAACGCAAGCCCGGGCGUGAGCACUGGCCGCUCUAUCCCAAGGGGUUCAUCGCUCUUCGUAUUGUUCAACUAGUCCUCGCCGUCUGCGUCCUGGGUCUUGCUGGCUUUUCCGUCGCUCUCAUAUCAAUCGAUGGACUUCAUCUCAUUCUCUUUGUGGCUAUCGCUACCCUCAUCACUACUAUUUACCUGAUUGUCGCCCAGUUUGGCUCGCCGGCGUCGUACAACUAUUGGGCAGUCCUAGCCUUGGACAUAUUCUUGCUUAUAUUCUGGCUCAUCUCGUUUGCCUUGCUGGCGACUGAGAUCUCAUUCCUAAGCACGUAUACCUUUUACUGCAAUGGCGGCUACGAUAUUUGCACAGUCUCGGAUGUCUAUCAAGCUUGUGUUGCUGCUGCGGCUGGAGUCGGUGGCGUAGAGUUUGCGCUUUUCAUCGUUUCCCUCGUCAUCCACAGCGUCAUGAUCCACAGACACAGAAAGGCAGGCCUACACUGCAACCCGGUCCACUCGUCGUCUGCCCACCACGAGACUCAGGCUGCCAUCCCCCUUGGCGCAACCUCCAACAAUGCCGAGAAGCCCGCUCCUCAGACGCACAGCCUGCCAUACCAACAGGCUCAGCCUGCUCCGGGCUACGCACAGCAGCCCCAGGCCACCUAUGUCCCCUCUCCCACUCCGCCCGCCGCUGCCUAUAGCUCGCCUCCUCAGCAGUAUCACCAGCCGCAGCAGCAGCAGCAGAUCCCUAGUCCCCUAACGCAGCAGCCCACGGGUGCUUCGGCGCAGCACUUUAGCCAGUAUUCUCCGCAGAACUCUGGUCCUCCUUACGAAGCACCUGCGCAGCACCCAAAUCCGGGACCCUAUGAGGCGCAGACCCAUCACUAA